AUGCUGCAGCGGUACAAGCUCACGGUCGAGUACCUCGGCAGCGCGUACCGUGGCUUCCAAGCGCAGCCCGAAGCCUGCGGGCCCACAGUACAGGCCGAGCUCGAGAAGGCGCUGGCGCUGCUCAUGGGGUCACAAGACCGCCUCUCCCGCGUCGUUGUCUCGAGCCGCACCGACGCCGGCGUCCACGCGGUGGCCAACACGGCGCACGUUGACCUGCAACGCGCCGUGCCGCACCCGCCGCAGGUCGUACGCAAUGCCAUGAACGCGUUCUUGCGCCAGCGCCACCAGGCGAUUGUGGUCCGCGACGUUGAAGUUGUAGCCAACGACUUUCACUCGCGCUUUGAAGCGAUCGGUCGCGAGUACAUUUACCAGAUCCACAUGCCCAAGGCCGAGUUCCGGCAUGCGCUGCCAGGCCGCCUGCCCUCCGCGCUCUUCACGCGCGACCUCUCAUGGCACGUCGAGCGGCCGCUGGACACUGCGGCCAUGGCGGCCGCCUGUACCCACUUUCUUGGCGAGCACGACUUUACGAGCUUCCGCGGCGCCAAGUGCCAAGCGCCGUCGCCGAUCCGAACGCUCACGACGCUCGACCUUGAGACGCUCGCUUCACACCGCGCGGACGAGCUCAACGAAGACGAUGCGACCACGCUCUUGCACGUCAAGGCCGCGGCCCCGUCCUUUCUGUACCACAUGGUGCGCAACAUCGUCGGCGCGCUCGUCGACGUGGGCAUGCACAAGCUGCAGCCGGAGGACAUUCCACGUAUCUUGGCCGCCAAAGACCGGUCGGCCGCGCCGGCGAUGGCACCCGCCCACGGCCUGUACCUGCGGCGGGUGCUGUGCAAGCCGCCUCCUUUGACGACGCACAGCACAGCACCGGUGGUUAAGGACGGUGAAUAGAGAUAGAGACCGUG